AUGGCUGCUGCGAGCGAGGAAGGUGCGCCCAGUGAAGCCGUGUCACUGGAGGGAGAUGAAUGGGAGCUGAGUAAGGAAAAUGUCCAACCCUUACGGCAGGGGCGCAUCAUGUCCACACUCCAGGGAGUUUUGGCACAGCAAGAAUCUGCUUGUAACACUACUCUUCAGCGCCAGAAACGGGCCUUUGAAUCUGAAAUUCGAUUUUACACUGGAAAUGACCCUCUGGAUGUUUGGGAUAGGUAUAUUAACUGGACAGAGCAGAAUUACCCUCAAGGUGGGAAGGAGAGUAACAUGUCAACAUUAUUAGAAAGAGCUAUGGAAGCACUACAAGGAGAAAAGCGGUACUAUAAUGAUCCUCGAUUUCUCAGUCUCUGGCUUAAAUUGGGACAUUUGUGUAACGAGCCUUUGGAAAUGUACAGUUAUUUACACAACCAAGGGAUUGGCAUUUUACUUGCUCAGUUCUAUAUUUCAUGGGCCGAAGAAUAUGAAAAUCGAGAAAAUUUUAAGAAAGCAGAUAUGGUGUUUCAAGAGGGGAUUCAGCGGAAGGCUGAGCCACUGGAAAGGCUGCAGUCCCAGCACCGGCAAUUCCAAGCCCGAGUGUCUAGGCAAACUAUGUUGGCACUCGGGCAAGAAGAGGAAGAUGAAGUUUCUGGAUCUUCUGUACCUCAAAGAAGCACGCUGGCUGAACUGAAGAGUAAAGGGAAAAAGAUAGCAAGAGCUCCAGUCAGCCGUGUAGGAAGUGUUCUCAAGGCUCAGAGCCAUAGUCGAGUAAUCCAAAAUCCACUUACUCAGCAGAUGCAAAGUAAUUCUAGAAUUACUGUUUUUGAUGAAAAUGCUGAUGAGACCUGUAGCGCAGAGUUGGCUGUGCCUACACUUGAGCCAUGGAUUGCAUGCCCUGUGUCCAGGGCCAAAGAGAAUGAAUUGCAAGCAGGUCCUUGGAAUACAGGCAGGCCUUUGGAUGCCAGGCCUCGUCGCAAUGUAGCUUCUGUGUCCACUGAACCACCCAGGCUUCCCAGCUUUACUCCAUAUGUGGAAGAGACUGCACAACAGCCAGCUAUGACUCCAUGUAAAAUUGAACCCAGUAUCAAUCAUAUUCUAAGCACAAGAAAACCUGGAAAGGAGGAAGCAGAUCUCAUGCAAAGAGUUCAAAACCAUCAUCAAGACUCUGGGGAGAAGGUGAAGGUGAUGUAUUGCAAGGAGAAGAUUUAUGCAGGGGUGGGCGAGUUUUCUUUUGAAGAGAUCCGGGCUGAAGCUUUCCGGAAGAAAUUAAAAGAGCAAAGGGAAGCUGAGCUGCUGACCAGCUCAAAGAAGAGAGCAGAAAUGCAGAGACAGAUCGAAGAGAUGGAGAAGAAGCUAAAAGAAAUCCAAGCUACUCGACAAGAAGAAGCUUGUGAGAAAGAAGAGGAGAUGCCUACAAAGGAGAUAGAUGGCCUGGGAAUAGCUUCUGUGCCUCAAGGAGCAACAGGCACAAGUCUGUCCAGAACUGAAUGUCCAGUAAACCUGACCAGGGAAACUACUUCAACAGAAAACAUUUGUCAGGACCAGCCUCCUUGUAAAAGUCCCAGUGUACCAUUCACCAUUUUUGAUGAGUUUCUUCCGUCAGAGAAAAAGAAUAUCAGUCCUGCAGGUUCUACGUGGGCUUCAAGCCAACGAAGACCCCUUUCCAUUCUCAAGACUUCAGAAAACGCCGCCUCGCAUGAGGAUGUGUCUCCAGAUGUUUGUGACGAAUUGAGUGAGGAGCCUAUUAUCACGGGUUUCAGGAAUGUCACCAUUUGUCCCAAUCCAGAAGACACUUGUGACUUUGCGAGAGCAACUCGUUUUGUUUCCACUCCUUCCCAUGAGAUAGUGCCCUUGAAGGAUCUCUCUCCCGAUUCUGAGAGACUAUUGCAAGAAGAGGAUCUAGACGUGAAGACCUGUGAGGACCAGCAGAUCACUUGUGUCUCUAGCUACCAUCCACCUCUGAGCACCAAGAAGCUGAGCCCGAUCAUCGAAGACAGCCGAGAAGCCACACACUCCUCCGGGUUCUCUGGCUCUUCCACCUCAGGUGCAAGUACCUCCUCCAAGUGUCUCCAAAUUCUUGAGAAACUGGAGCUUACCAGUGAUAAUUCAGACAGCCCCAUUCAAUCACCUUGGUGUUCACAGUAUCGAAGACAACUUCUAAAAUCACUUCCAGGUUGGUGUGCCUCAGCAGAGUUUUUUGUAGAAGACAGACCAAUGCCUAAGUUGGAAAUAGAGGGGGAAAUUGAAUUAGGUAAUGAUGACUAUGCCAUUAAACAAGAAUAUCUGAUAUAUGGGGAUCACAAAUUAUUUUGGGUGUCACCUAGAAACUCCGAGGAAUUAACUAUAAUAAAGGUAUUGUCUCAGCCCAUCCCAUGGGAUUUUUAUAUCAGCCUCAAGUUAAAGGAACGUUUAAAUGAGGAAUCUGAACAUUUCUGCAACUGUUAUCAGUAUCAAGAUGGCUGCAUUAUUUGGUACCAGUAUAUAAACUGCCUCACGCUACAGGAUCUUCUUCAGCACCGUGAAUUUCUUACUCAUGAAAUAGUAGUGUUCAUUACUUAUAAUCUUUUGACGAUAGUAGAGGAACUACACACAGCAGAAAUAGUCCAUGGGGAUCUGAGUCCACGAAGUCUGGUUCUUAGAAACAGAAUCCAUGACCCCUAUGAUUUAAAUAAGCGCAAUGAAGCUGUGAAAAUAGUGGACUUCUCCUACAGCGUCGACCUUAGAACACAGCCAGACAUCUGCACCCUGAGUGGCUUUCGGACUGUGCAGAUCCUGGAAGGACAAAAGAUCCUGGCUAACUGUUCUUCUCCCUACCAGGUAGAUCUGUUUGGUAUAGCAGAUUUAGCACAUUUACUGUUGUUCAAGGAACACCUAGAGGUCAUCUGGGAUGGGUCUCUCUGGAAACUUAGCCAAAAUAUCUCUGAGCUAAAAGAUGGUGACCUGUGGAAUAAAUUCUUUGUGCGGAUUCUGAAUGCCCGUGAUGAGUCCACAGUAUUUGUUCUGAAGGAACUUGCAGCACAAAUGAACAGGGUGUUUGAUACCACAUUCCAAGGUCAUCUGAACAAAGCUUUAUGGAAGGUGGGGAAGCUAUUCGGACCUGUGACUGCUCUCCCCAGCGAGAAAGACAAGCAAAUCUCUUCAAUUUCUAAGACAAAUGGUUGA